AUGGGCCGCUCCGGAGGGAGCCGUCCGGGCCAGGCCCCGCGGCGGCGCGGGGAAGGAGGCGGCGAGCGGGAAGGCCGCGGCGGCCAUGGCGGCGGCGGCGCCCGGCCUCGCCUGCCCCGCUGGGGCCUGGCCUUGGCGCUGCUGGCCGCCCUGCUGGCCGCCAAGUGGUACCGGGACUCCGAGGCUGCCCGGCGGCAGGAGAUGGCUCUGAAAUCUCUGGGGAAUGAAGGCCUCUUUCUCUUUUCCUCCCUGGAUACUAACAACGAUUUGUACAUCAGCCCUGAAGAGUUCAAGCCAAUCGCAGAGAAACUCACUGGCAUUACUCCCAUCUCUGUCCUUGAGGAAGAAGAGGAGGUGCUGGAUCCCAGUGGGGAGAUUCUCUCUGUCGUUGCAAGAUUCCAGCCUCUGCUAAUGGAAACCAUGACAAAGAGCAAAGAUGGGUUCCUUGGAAUUUCACAUGUUGCCCUUUUUGGGCUUCGCAAUUGGACGGCUCCGGCUUCCCCUAUGAGCACGAUGCUUGCCCAGCAGUUCAAGGCCUUCCUCCCGCCAAAGAAUAAACUAGAACUGGGAGAUCCUUGGUGGAUAAUUCCCAGUGAACUAAACAUUUUUACUGGAUACCUUCCCAAUAAUCGGUUUUACCCUCCGGCUCCUAAGGGUAAAGAGAUCAUCAUUCACAAGCUCUUGAGUAUGUUCCAUCCGCGGCCAUUUGUGAAGACGCGCUUUGCUCCUCAGGGGGCUGUCGCUUGCGUCCAGGCAGUGGCUGAUUUCUAUUACAAGAUAGCCUUCAGGAUACACGCUGAAUUCCAGCUCAACGAGCCUCCGGAUUUCCCCUUCUGGUUUUCUCCUGCCCAGUUCACUGGCUACAUUGUCCUCUCCAAAGACUCCUCCCACGUUCGGGAAUUCAAGCUGGCUGUUCCUAACAAUAGGUCUCUCAACGUAGACAUGGAAUGGCUGUACGGGGCCCGAGAGAGCAGCAACAUGGAGGUGGAUAUAGGAUACCUGCCUCAGAUGGAGCUGGAGUCUUUGGGACCGUCCAUCCCUUCUGUAAUCCACGACGAAAACGGGAACGUGAUUAACAGCAGAGACCCCGAAAGGGAACCAAUUCAGUUCAUAUUUGAAGAGAUCACCUGGCAGCAAGAAAUAACUUGGGAAGAGGUGGCGCACAAGCUGGAAGUUGCUAUGUAUCCAUUUAAGAAAGUUUCCUACCUUCCUUUCACGCAAGCUUUUGAAAGAGCGAAAUCGGAGAGUAAAUUGGUGCACUCCUUACUGUUGUGGGGAGCGCUGGACGAUCAGUCCUGCUGAGGUUCGGGGCGAACUCUCCGGGAGACUGUCCUGGAAAGUUCGCCCAUCCUUGCUUUGCUAAACGAGAGUUUCAUCAGUUCUUGGUCAUUGGUGAAGGAGCUAGAAGACCUGCAGGCCAAGAAAGAGAACACGUUCAACAGCAAACUUGCAGAGCUGCACCUUGAAAAAUACAGUUUCCCGGUGGAAAUAAUGAUCUGCUUGCCCAAUGGCACUGUGGUACACCACAUCAACGCCAACCACUUCCUGGAUAUUACUUCUAUGAAGCCCGAAGAAGUCGAGAGCAGCAUCUUCAGUUUCUCCGCCAGUUUUGAAGAUCCCUCGACAGCGACCUACCUCCAGUUCCUGAAGGAAGGACUUCAGAAAGCAAAACCACUCCUGCAGACCUAA